UUGCACACACUGUUGGCCUCACACCACAAUCCAUAUGCAAUACCUCAUAUCUUUAUUGACAAAUUCGGGUUAUGUGACAAGAUAUGUUUUAAAAUCUUUCAGUAAUGAUUCAGUUGUUCUCUUCUUUUUCCCACAUAAGCUAUGGUCCUUGGCUUAAUAAUGAAAGGGUGUCACCAACCAAAAUUUCUCGCAAUACGCCAAUACCAAAGAAACAUAAAUCACGCAUGCACACCUCAAUACCCCAUUCUCUAAGUUCUUUCAUAUCUCUAACAUGCAAACACUACAAAACAAUUGGUACACAAAAGCACACCACCCAAGCCUGUGCGAAAGCACAUGGUAGAAAACUAGGGACAAGUGACAAGGCGCAUGAUCUGGAUUUCUAUGCCACGAGGGAUAAGAGCGUUUGUUGGCUUUGAACGGACGCUCAACCUCCUCAGCUUCUCUCUGCACUCGGCACAUGAAACCUGUUCACCUCUUUGACCUCUGAUAAUUUUUGUCUUUCAAUCGAUUUUGCCUAUGGGGUGCACGACAUCGCCGGAGUCAUGCUGGCCUCUGAUUUCCUUGCAUUCACGGCCUCUCUCACAAACAAAGAAACAGGUUGAGGUGAUUCAGGCGGCGAUUGUGGUGGUUUGUUUUGGCUCGAUUUUGACUAUGGCGUUGCCUAGAGGUGAUUGACGUGGCUGGCCCAACAAGACCACCAGCUGCAACGACUACAACUACAGGUUUUGGUGCAAUCGCCUUUUCCUUCCUUCAUCAAUCUCUGGUAGAAUUGGUUUACAAUACUUCCUCUCCAGUGCUGCUCCCGUUCAUCAUCGCCCAAGUGAGAUGGAGGUGACAUGGCAUUGAGGUGGAUUUAGUGUUUAUGAGAGCUGUUUCACUUUCGGCCUUGAAAAUCAGACGCCACCCAAAUACGCCGUUUCAUAUCUUUUCACCGGCGCCGGUUCCCUAUGCGACCGGAGAAGUUCAAGAAAACACCCCGUCAAGCAUCGAUUCCGGUGAGUAGCUUCCGGCACCCAUCCGUCGACCCUCAGAAUUAGCCAAACCCAUUGUACACGAAUGAGCCAGUACGAAGAAGAAACAUUCCAGACUCAAUUUUGGACGCAUUUUGACAAGUUUGCGCCUGUUCACCAGUCAUGCUGCAUCAAUCGAGCAACUCCGCCUAACCCAUCAGGCCCUAUUUUGUGUAAUUGAAGCUGAAUGGACGAAGGCCUUAUUUUCUCAACUGUGGAUGUAGCAAGUGGUUUUGGAAGUGAGAAAUGGAUUCUACGAGAACUCAUGCUUCAACUUUGGAUUUUGCUUCUAUAUACCCUUCAUUAAUGAAAGUGCAUAAUUUAUGCUACUGCACUCUGGUAUAUAAAUAAAAAGAAAAAAAUGCAGUGACAUGGCGCUUGAUAAGUCCGUUUCGAGGGGACAUGGCGCAUGAUCUGGAUUACUAUGCCACGAGGGAUAAGAGCGUUGGAUGGCUUUGAACGGACGCUCAACCUCCUCAGCUUCUCUCUGCACUCGGCACAUGAAACCUCUUCACCUCUUUGACCUCAACGCAGAUUAUUUUUGUCUUUCAAUCAAUUUUGCCUAUGGGGUGCACGACAUUGCCGGAGUCAUGACGUGCCACAGAUUUCCUUGCAUUCACGGCCUCUCUCACAAACGAAGAGACGGGUUGAGGUGAUUCAGGCGGCGAUUGUGGUGGUUUGUUUUUGCUCGAUUUUGCCUAUGGCGUUGUCUAGAGGCAAUUGACGUGGUUGGGCCAGCAAGACCGACAGCUGCAACGACUACAACUACAGGUUUUGGUGCAAUCGCCUUUUCCUUCCUUCAUCAAUCUCUGGUAGAAUCGGUUUACAAUACUUCCUCUCCAGUGCUUCUCCCGUUCGUCAUCGCCCAAGCAGGUGGAUUCACUGGAUGGCGUCCAACACACAAUUUUGAUUUGCGUUUGAGUUUCUUCUGAUUUCUGCUGCAAUCGACUUACUGGUUUUUCACAUGAGGAGUUCGACCUCGCUACAGUUAAUGGUGUAACGUCAGGAUGUUUCUGAGAAACAGGUGUGAGCAUAUAGUGAAGCAGAGGUGAGAUACGUAGAUAUAGGCAUGGCGUCUUCCAAUGUGGUACAUUGAGGAACAUUAUUGAAAGAUAAAUCCCUAUCAAAAGUCUGACACGUGAGUUUGGAGUUUGUAUGAGUAAGGUUCGUAUGGUGUGUCACUCACUCUUCUCCGAUUAGCUGAAUUUGUCAAUGUCACAUUGCCCAGAGGUUAAUUUUUUUCACCAUUUGAAUGCAUGUUCUUCAAGUUUUUAUCUAUUUCUGCUUGCAGCCUGUUCUCCCAUAGUAAACUUAAUUUCUGGUGAGACACCAGUGUUCCCAAUGCACCACUUUGAUUUAAUGGACUUUGAUAAGGUCUGCAAGAAUGGGUCAAUAUUACAUACUUAUAGCUUAUUUUGUCUUUUUAAAUGUGUUUCUAUUGUUGCUGGUUUAGUCAAAUUUAUAUCCUAUAGAACGAAAAGUUUUCACAAACAUGGUCAGGCAUGUUUGCACGGAGGGGAAAGUAUUGGUGAAGAAAAUUAUUGGGCUCAGGUGUAUGCCUCAUGCUAGAGCUUCAAGAUUUAAGGUGUGUUUUUAGUCAACAACCGGCGAAUCAGCGACGGAUGUUUCUUCCCUAAGCUCAAUGUAAUUAUUCCUUUUCUCUUUAAUCAUGGUAUACUUUGAUUUCUAUUGUGUUGCCUCUAGGCUAAAUUUCAUGGCUAGGGCACGGAUAGAUGAAACAUAUAUACUCAAAUUAGUAAACAAAGGGCUAAAUU